CCCCUCUCUCUCUCUAUCUUUCUCUUUCUUUUUUUCUCUCUCUCUUUCUCUCUCUCUCCCUCCUUCCACAUUGUUAGAGAGAGAAACACCCUUCAAUUUCUGCAAUCUAGAUUCUCCGGUGGUGGCGGCCUUUUUCUUUUACAUUUUCCAUUCUUUUCUCAAAACCCCUCGGUCUUCUUCCUUCCACCUUCAAUCAUUUUGUUGUUCCUCUACCUCUUGAGGGUCCACCUGGACCCGCAGUUCAAGUAAGUCCUCCAUUUCUUCAUUGUCAUAUAUAUGCAAAUUAAAAUGAAACAUGUUCGUCUCGAAAAGGCAAUUGAGUUGGAAGCUGUGCAGGAACAUCUGCAGGAACAUUGCAUUACAGAAGACACGGGUAUGAAAACAUUUAGUGGAAUAACUCAAGAUUUCAAAGGAAGACUUGAAUGUUACAAACAUGACUGGACUUGUGCACUCAAUACUGGCAUCAGGAUAGUGGCCCCAACUUUCUACAUAUUCUUUGCUUCUGCACUUCCUGUCAUUGCUUUUGGAGAACAGCUUAAUAGAGAUACAGGUGGAAGCUUGAGCACAGUUGAAACAUUGGCAUCAACUGCUAUUUGUGGAAUUAUCCACUCAAUAUUUGGUGGUCAACCUUUGUUAAUUGUAGGAGUUGCUGAACCAACUUGUCUCAUGUACACCUAUCUAUACAAUUUUUGCGUAAAAACACCAGAGUUAGGUGCUGAGCUUUUUUUGGCUUGGGCUGCUUGGGUCUGUGUUUGGACAGCAUUGUUGCUGAUUCUGCUGGCAAGUUUCAACGCGUGUAAGAUUAUAAGUAGGUUUACUAGGAUUGCAGAAGAACUAUUUGGCAUGCUAAUUACUGUGCUUUUCUUUCAACAGGCUGUAGAGGGACUCGUAACUGAGUUCAAGAUACCCAAGGAUGCAGAUCCCUUGUUAGAGGAAUAUCAAUUUCAUUGGCGGUAUAUAAAUGGAUUACUUUCAACCGUUUUCUUUUUCGGGUUAAUUUUCACUGCCAUGUUAAGCAGAAAAGCAAGAAAAUGGCGAUACGGAACAGGUGGCAUACGAGCCUUGGUUGCAGAUUAUGGUGUUCCAAUGAUGGUAAUGCUUUGGACUGCAAUAUCUUAUGCUGUGCCAGGCAAAGUUCCAGCAAAUGUCCCUAGAAGGUUGUUUUGUCCACUUCCUUGGGAUCCUGCAUCUCUCUACCAUUGGACAGUAAUGAAGGAUAUGCUAAAUGUACCAUUGCCAUAUAUCUUGGGAGCAUUUAUUCCGGCAGUGAUGAUAGCAGGUUUAUACUUUUUUGAUCAUAGUGUAGCUUCCAAGAUGGCUCAACAGAAGGAGUUCAACCUUCAAAAACCAUCUGCUUACCACUAUGAUGUUUUUCUCCUUGGAAUAAUGACUCUGGUUUGCGGUCUUCUCGGUCUUCCUCCAUCAAAUGGAGUGCUUCCUCAGUCUCCUAUGCAUACAAAGAGUUUGGCGAUUCUUAGGAGGCAGAUGAUUCGAAAGAAGGUGGUGAAAGGUGCCAAGGAAUGCAUUAGGCACCAAGGAACGAAUGCUGAAUUAUACGGAACCAUGCGCUCCGUGUUCAUAGAAAUGGAUGCAGCGCCUACGGCGAGAGAGUUGGAGAAUUUGAGGGAGGCUGUAAUGAAUAGUAAUGCUGGUUCAAAGGAAAAGUUUGAUCCUGUAAAACAUAUAGAUGCCUAUUUGCCUGUUAGAGUCAAAGAGCAAAGAUUGAGCAACUUGUUGCAGUCUCUCUUUGUUGCCUUAUUACUAUUAGCUACAUCUCUUAUCAAAAGGAUACCUACCUCAGUUCUUUGGGGAUAUUUCGCAUACAUGGCAAUUGAUAGUCUUCCAGGGAAUCAAUUUUGGGAAAGAAUUUUGCUUCUUUUCAUCACCCCGAAAAGGCAGUACAAAGUUUUGGAAGGCUCGCAUUCGUCGUUUGUGGAGUCAGUACCAUUCAAGACAAUAGCUGGUUUUACAGCUUUACAGCUUCUAUACUUUUUCAUCUGCUAUGGGUUAACAUGGAUACCUAUUGGUGGAAUAUUGUUUCCAGUACCUUUCUUCCUUCUCAUAAUGCUAAGAGAGAAAUUGCUUCCAAGAUUAUUCAAGGCAAGCAAUCUUCAGGAACUAGAUGCUUCUGAGUAUGAGGAAAUCGUUGGUGCUCCACUUGGACCCUACAAUAUACCACUAAUUGACAAAGAUGCGCGUACUAGUACUGACAGUGAUAGCGAAGAAGAAAAUGAUUAUGAUGCGGAAAUUCUGGAUGAGAUGACAACUCAUAGAGGAGAGUUGAAAUUUAGAACAAUAAACCAAAAUGAUAAUAGAAACUUCAACCGUAGCUUGAAUUAUCGCUUCAAUGAAGACAGAAACUCUCAGGUUUACCCUGAUGAAACUAUCCAUAUAUGAUGAAUUAGUCUCGCUCCAUUCACCUUUUGUUAGAAUUUAGAAAAAGGUUUUAUGUAUGAGUGAGAUCCUCUUGAAUGUCAUGAUCAAGAUUAACGUCGUUAUGGUUGAAUACAAUUGCUGUUCGUGGACGAAGAACAUGAAGAAGAAGAGACUUAAUAGGGGGAGAGAAGAAACUGUUUCAACUUUGAACUUAGUAGACUUCAAUAUUACUAGGAUAAAUGCACUAAAACUUGACUACAAGGGUCAUUUUCCUUCAUUAGGUGGCUACAAAGUUUUGAAAAAAAAAGAGUAUGAUGUGGAGUAGAGAUUAUAUAUAUAUAUAAUAUAUGAGAAAGAAAAAGGGGAA